GGGAAUAAUCUUAAUUCGUAAUUAUAUGUGGUUAUGUUCAAAAAGAACUGCACGAUUGUGGAUUUCUGUAAACAACACGUUUCCGGGCCAGCGGCCUAAAUCGUAGGAAUCAGUGCCGAUCGGGAAUUCACUAUAGCUCCCUUGACCUGGACGAAAACACAUAAAAUCUGGCGUAGCAAGUGACGAUGACGAGCUAGAAGAAAUGUUGAAGAAAGACAAACACCUUGAGCAUGGCUUCAGCUCCACCAUGGAUUUGCAGAGAAUCCUUGGUGUCAGCUACCAGCAGAUACCUCUCAGCAGGGUCAAGAAGAUGACAGCCGCUGUAAUCACUGUGGUAGCCAUUAUUAUCUUCAUCAGUCUUAGUUUCCAUUCAGCUUCUCAAGAUGCUUCUAAACCACUUGYCGUCAGCCAUGACACUACAGAUACCGCCUCUACCUCCCCCACGGGAAACGUCUUGACAGCAAAGACUCUGGAAUCUGUAGGUAGAGAAACAGGGGGGUAUGAAUCUUCAUUCAAAACAACACAAAACGAUUCAAAAGUAUCUGUAAAGAGUACGAUUUUAUCUCCAACUACGAGGUCAACCAAGAAAAAUGUGACACAUUCAACCACUUCGUCAUCCCUCAGUAAUAAAUCUCAGAGUAGUAAACCUACACAAACUGAUUCAAAAGAUACAACACAUCGCAUAUUACCAACAACGACUAACCAUCUUCAAUCAGAAUUUGUUCUUGCUAUGAAUCCCAGCAUUCCUGCAGACCUCAACCUGGACUGUAGCUCAUGCGCCGUGGUAACCAAUUCCGCUGAUCUUCGUAACAGCAACGCAGGCUCUGUAAUCGAUUCGAAUGAGUGCGUAAUUCGUCUGAAUACAGCACCCACGAGCGGGUAUGAGGUGGACGUUGGUGCCAAAACCACUGUACGGGUCGUAUCACAGCAUCAUUUAGGGGACCUUUUGCAUUACGUCUGGCACGAACCCAAAGAAAUGCGUUCCCUCCGUUACGUCAUCACAUUCGGGAGGAGAAAUGCUCUAUGCCAAAACUGUACUUUCUUCAAGAUAUUCAAGAACGUCUCUGAGGAAUAUUUAGGAGACAAGUUCAUAAGGCUCACAAAACCUCUUGAAAAACAAAUAAAGAUUGGUAGAAAGGCAAAGAGAAUGAGGAAAAGUGAAUAUUCAGACUCCGUUCUACUUUCAACACAGUUCCACGCCAUAAACACUAUGCGGAAAGUGUGUAACAAAAUGAGGGUGUUUGGAGUGGAAGCGAAUCACCCUUGUCUUAGUGACCACUCUUACAAGAAGAGCUAUUGGCAGCCAAAUGAUUAUAUCACUUGUGACGGGAGCAGAGCGGAGAUCGUGAAGGACAUCAAACGAUACCGAUUCGAAAAAGAAAUCUACGACAAAUGGGAAGAUCAAUAUGAYCUGGAAUUUCUGUACCCGUGAAAAAAUCUGCAAAUAUAUUAUUUAAUUUUUUUCCGGUCUGGUAUCCGUAAAAACCGUGCGUUUAUUGCCAAGGGAGUGAAAUAACGAAAGACACGGCGGCAAUGUUGGUUGAUAUAACAAAAGAAUUUAUGGACAAUUCGUUUGUUAAAUUUAACUAAGAUGGCGGCUAUGACGUCAUGUGCAAACAAAGAAUAUCCAGUUCCUGGCCAUGUUGGUUGAAUAGAACAAAAUGUGUUAAUUAGCCACCAUUGCGGCCAUACACACCUUUGAAACAUAGACAAUCAGCUGGUCUGAUUAUUAUWAUAUUAUUAUUUAACAAUUAUUCGCCGAAGGCGAAGUGAAUAUCGGGAAAUAUUUACCGAGACGUGAGUCUUGUUUUAUUUUUUUAUUUUUAGCAUGAGUGAAUUUAAUGAAUAACGGGAAAGAGUUUUUUUUUUUUUAAUUUUUUUAUUAUUUUAAUUUUAAAUCUCUGUAAACGGCACACAUCGACAAACAAGCGUGCGCGCGUGUGUUAUAUUCGGCACCUGUAAGUGAAUAUAURGCAGCAUAAGACGUAAAUAGUGACCAAUGAGCGCGCCGGAUUUAUUAUAUUCAUUUAUUUUGUAAAAAUGCUAAUAUUAAUUAUUAUUGAUUAUCAACUACCAAAAAUAUUUCAUUUGGCAACUUUUAUAAGUGGAGAAUGUUUCUUGUAACACAAGAACAGUUUUUAAACAAAAUUUUUAAUGGUUGAUAGUUGAAGCUUUUUUUAACAACUUGGUUGAGAUCUUGUUUCGUUUAAUGCUGGAAAUAAACACUAGAGGGAAAUGCUCAYAAUGCAUUAAGCAUGCUAAACAAAAUAAGCAUACUUGUAAGAUAUCAUUAAAGAAAUACUGUUAGCCUUAAGGUUAAGACAAGAAGUAAGGGGAAUUUUUUAGUCAUUCGUCCAGUCAAGCUUCCAAUUAAUGUCAUGAUGAUAUACCACUUUGAUAUCUAAUCGAUUCAGCCCAAGGUUCCGUGGAAAAGGAUUUGCUGAAUGACGAACUAUUUUUAAAAAGUUUAGUAUCUUGAGAYAGAAAUUAUUGCAAGGGUAAAAUAGUAUUUCUGAAAGCUUUUUUUUAAAGAAGGAAAAUCCGAGAUGUUUGCCUGUCACGUCACGUGUCACGGGUCACGUCACGUGGUUAUAUCCUGCAAAGGGCCUGUUGAUCAGGGGAAACGUAACUGUAAUCCGUCUUAAGGGGAAAGUGCAUAAAAAAUAUUAUGAAAUGAAAAUAUGGUUAUCUAUGAAGUCAACCAGGGUGAUUUGAAAAUGGAURAUAUUGUUAUAUCUAUACUUUGUAAAUAAUUGACCAAAAUUCCGAGGGUAUAUUAUAAACAUAUAUCAUCUUUCUUCAAACGCGAUUUAUAGAUAAAUCAGCCAUUCAGGGGGUCAAACACGAAUAAAGCUAGGGUCUUUUCUAGUUGGAUGAUAUUUGUUUAACUCGCCAUAUUUCGAUUAUUGAAAGGAUCGGACGAAUGYGCGUGCGCCAUUUCUUGUUCUUUGAAACUGAAGUGAAGGGUUGGUGGGCUGGGGAAUAAUUGCAAAARCAAUAAAAUUAAAAACUGAA